AUGCUCUAUGCUGGGCCUGGAACCCACUUGAUCUCCUCCAUGCCAAUCAUCGUCGUCCCCGUCCUCGUCCCGCGCUUCCUCAGUAUCUACCACUGUCGAGCCACGACGCGUCGCUCACUCAAGUCGUUCACGCUCGCAGGCAUCGCCGACUGCCUCGGUCCCGCUAUCUCCGCGUUCAUGUACGCGCCCUUCGACGAGGAGACGAUGGCGUUCAUCCAGCGCACCAUCGAGAAGGAUCUCGCGGCGCACCUCAACCUGACUGCUGGUGCGGGUGCAAGCAGGGCGGUGGGCAAGGCACCGAGCUUCUGGGAGAUAUACAGAACGAAAGCGCCGAACAACGUCGCGCCGGCGUGCCUGCAUGACCCGAUGUUCGCGAUCACGGUCACGAAUGAAGCCCUGAAUGCGUUCCUUGAGAGCGGUGAUCAUCGGUCUCCCGUCUCUACACCGUCGUCUACGUUUCCUAUUCACCGCGUCAGCAUCGCCCUCAUCAGCACAGCUGAAGACGAUGUUCUACGACAAGUCGCGUUUGAGGGCGCCUUGCCGCAGGCGACGAACGACAGUUCCUUCCACCCGAUCAUCUACCGCCAGGAAACCUUGCGAACACUCAUCCUCGUCAAUCGUGCGGCGAUUCUUCAUAGGGAGGCCGUCAUCGGUCGCAUCUCGUCAAAAAUCGGUGAUGCGGGUUCCAAACACAAAUUCCCGUCGAUUGUCGAUCGCCCGAUCCUGCGGGCGCAGGAGCGAGUUCGCACGGCGGUCCCCGUGGAGCACAGUAUGGUGCGUAAAUGGGCCUACGUCUUCGAUGAGAAGCUCCGCGUCCUCGAGGAGUAUGGGCAUCAGGGCGUGCAUAUCGCUGUUCAGGCCACGUGA